ACCCCUUCUAAAUUUAAAUCCACUCAAACAGAUGGCCUUCCAGCCGGCGUUUAACGCCCGUCUGAUAAACGAGGUUCGUAAGUACCCGUGCCUAUAUAAUCAUUCACGACGUGGCAGCGGGGACACAAUGGAACGUCAACGACUUUGGGAAUCAAUCGCCAAAAAUAUUGACCCGAAUUGUGCGGCAGAGUUUGCGAAGAAACGAUGGUUGCAGCUGAGGGAUCGAUAUCGGAAAGAAUUAAAGAUUGCAAUUAAAAAUGGAUUUGUGACACCUGUUAGAUGGUGUUAUUUUAAUCAAUUAUCGUGGUUGGACCCGUUUUUGAAGGAUAAUAUUGGUCAAGCAGCAGAUGAAGGCAAAAAAACUGGUAAAUCUGACUCUUUUGAUGAGCCAUCAGGCACACCGUUCAGCUGGUUCGGUUUUCCAAAUUUAAAUUCAAUAAAAGACGAGAUGGAAGAUGAUGAUAGUGAUCCAGCACUCGAAUCUUCGGUUUUAGACCGACUACUUGCACAAACCGCCCAACGAUUGGACAGUAUAUCCCCUGAAAUUGAAAAUGAUGAAUCUGGAACUCAAAGUCUCGAUGGAAAUCUAGAUGGAGUUGAUGGGGAUGGAGAUGAGGAGGAAGAUCUUAAAAUAAAAGAUGAAGAUGAAGUAGAGGAAGAUGGCCCAGAAAAGGUGAAAAGUCAAUCCGAAGCUAUGGCGAUGCUCAAGGAGGCUAUAAGUGCUCAGAGCCAACAGCAGACUCAGCAGGCUCAACAGGUCCAGCAGGUCCAACAGACCCCACAGAAACCAUCAGUGGAGUCCCUCAUAGCAGCGAAUCAGGCUAGAUUUGCACACCAUCUUGCUGCACAGCUCACUGGGAUGAGUUCAAUGCUCAAUGGAGCCAGGAAAUCCGAGGAGGCAGCGAUCCCGCCGCUCCGACCUUCAACACCACCGCCAACCGCGUCCACUACGAGCCACUUCCAUCCUUAUAAAGAGGCGGCGAGGAAUAGGCAUAGGCAGCAGACUGCGGAUAAUGUUAUGAGAUAUCAUUUGCAACAGGUCGGUCGGGUUGCUCUUGAAUGGCUCAAUGAUGAGGAUUUAUUGUACAGCCGGAUAAUUGGGUUGAAGCUUAAGAAAAUGGACCCGAAAAAACGGAAAAAGGUCCGUCACCAAAUAAUGUCACUACUGGACGAAACCGAUGACACCCACCAUAUUGUAGACAAUGAUGACUCUUGUAGCAGUCCAUCAGCACAUAGUCCAACCGGAGAGCACGAUGAAGAUUGCGCAGUUGAGCCAACGGCAAAUGAAAUUCCAACGGCUUGAAAAUUAGUCUUUUGUUUGUAGUAUAUGGGUCCCCCCCCCCACGAAAAAAUGAUUUGCGCCUUCAAGCUAAAAUGCAAAAAUAUGCCUGAUCGGUUUAAAAGGCGCAUAAUUUAUUUUCGUGUCGAGACCUAAAUUCUGGUAGGCUACUGUAACAUUGAAAAAACACUUCCUUUAUUUUUCAAAAUAUCUAUUUUGUGUUUUCUUAUUGGUGCUCUCCUCAUUUUAUUAAAUGUAGAAAACGAAAAAUGUUCAAAAACUAGUUUUUAGUGUAUUCUCACUCCCCGUCGGUCUAGUCAGUGCGCAAUUCUUUCACUUUUCUUUUGUUCCCUCCAUAAUUUCAGCAUUUUUUUUAUUUUUUGAAAUUAGUCUCUACAAACACCAUCAUCUUGCCUGUAUAUUUUUGUACCACGAUUUUUUUAUAAUAAACGUGUAUUUU